AUGGCUGCCGCCGCUCUCCCGCACUCCCACCCCCGCCUCCGCCUCCCGCUCCACACUCCCAGUCCCGCCUCCCGCCGCCGCCACCGCUCCCUUCUUCGCCUCCCCUCUUUCGUCGCCGCCUCCCUCCUCCAGAACCCCACCACCGCGACCCACCCGGUCCUGCCGCCCCCGGCUCCGCCCCCCUCCGCCGCGCUCCUCGCCGCCGAGAGCGCCUCCCUCGCGCCGCACCGCGAGCCCCGCUUCCCGGGCUCGCUCUCCUCCCCAACAAGCCCCGCUGGCUCCGCCUCCGCAUCCGCCGGCCUAUCCGAGGCGGAGGACGCCGUCCUGCGCCGCGCCCUCCAGGUGCGCCGCGCCGUCGCCGCCGAGGCCCUCGUGGCCGCGCUCGGCGGCGGGAAGAUCGGCGGCCUGACUUACAUCAAGAACCUCACGGCGCGGAUGGGCCCGUUCGUGGACCGCGUCGUCGUCGAGGCCGCCGCAAUGCGGCGGGACCACCCCGACCUCGCGCACAUGUCCUUCAACGCCCGGGCAAAGGCGUACAUCCAGGAGUCUGGCCUUGUCGAGCUUGUCAAGUGGUUCAAGCACAAUUCAAUGACAUAUCCCCAAAUCGCGAAAGUCGUUUGCGCAUGUUCUGGUGAUUUGGGGAAAGUUAGGAGGAUGAUAAAGUGGCUUAGGUCCAUUUAUGUAAAAGGAGAUUUUUUGGGGCGUGUCCUUGCAAACGGUGGAAGCUUCUUGAACCAGAGCUUUGAAGAACUGGAAGAGAUUAUUGGCUAUUUGGAAAGCCUUGGUGUCAGGAGAGACUGGAUUGGGUAUGUGGUCAGCAGAUGUCCACAGCUGCUGAGCUUGUCAAUGGAUGAGUUGGAGACACGAGUCAGGUUUUAUAGGGAUUUGGGAAUGGACGAGAAGGACUUUGGCACAAUGGUAUAUGAUUAUCCAAGAGUUCUUGGAUUUUUAAGCCUGGAAGAGAUGAACAGUAAGGUUCAAUAUCUGAAAGAGUUUGGUUUAAGUGCUCAAGAACUUGGGAAGUUACUGGCUUUCAAGCCACAGCUCAUGGCCUGUAGCAUUGAAGAAAGGUGGAAGCCUCUCGUGAAAUACCUGUAUCACCUUCACAUUUCAAGGGAUGGCAUGAAAAGAAUGUUGAUGGUCCAACCAACAAUAUUCUGUCUUGAUUUGGAGACAGUGAUUGUACCAAAGGUACAAUUUCUAAUGGAUAUUGGUGUGAGGAGUGAUGCAAUCGGCAAUGUGCUUGUGAAGUUCCCUCCUGUAUUAACGUAUAGCCUGUACAAGAAAAUACGCCCAGUGGUUAUAUUCCUGCUGACAAAAGGUGGAGUAAAACAGGAUGACAUUGGAAAGGUUAUUGCGUUGGAUCCACAGCUCUUGGGCUGUAGUAUCGCACAUAAGCUAGAAGUUAGUGUCAAGUACUUCCGGUCACUGAGCAUCUACCACUUUGUGCUCGGCCAGAUGAUUGCUGACUUCCCAACGCUUCUCAGAUACAAUGUGGAUAUCCUGAGACCAAAAUACCAGUACUUGAGGCGUGUAAUGGUGCGGCCACUGAAAGAUCUCAUCGAGUUUCCACGGUUCUUCAGUUACUCCCUGGAGGAUAGGAUAGAGCCUCGGCACCAAACUUUGGUGGCAAACAGGGUCAACAUGAAGCUGCGGUACAUGCUGAGUGGCUCUGACGAAGAGUUUGCGCAGAGGGUGCGAGAGGCUGUCGAGAGGAGAGCGAGAUUUGAAGCUAGAAAGGCUUGUCCGGAGACAUUUUCAGGUUCUUCAGAGACAUCCAGGGAAACAGAAGCUACAGUAGCAUCAGCAUGCCAAGAUAACAUAGAGAAGCAGAGAGGCUUGGGUGCCUUCGGAGGUGGCGCGAGGGAUGACAUUGUUGGCACGCCAGGGAUGGAGGAGGGAAUCGGCGGCAGCGUCACCUUGGGGAUGGAAGCAACCGGCGGCAGCGUCAACUUAGGCACGACGACGGCUGGAACGGGAGGCAGCGUGGCGGCGUUCGGCAUAGCUGGCACAGCAGGCACCGUUGGCACAGUCACCGCGGGGACAGAAGGAACCGACGGAAUCGGCGGCAGCGUCAACUUAGGCAUGACGAUGGCUGGAACGGAACGGAUGGCAGCGCGGCGGCCUUGGGCAUGGCUAGCACAGCAGGCACCAUUGGCACGGUCACCGCGGGGACAGAAGGCACCGCAGGCAUUGGCGGCACGGUGA